CUAAUCGGCAUUUUUUAUUAAUGAAUUCUCGAUAAAAUAAUAAAACUAAAAGUAAAUAGCAAAUAAAUAUAACUUGUGGCUGACAUUAUAAAUAACGUAAAUUUUCAGCGUCUAUAAUAAUACUUCUGAAUUUUCGUGUUAUUAGUAGGUUAUGGUUUCGAACGUUACCUCAGCUUGCUUUGUAGAAAGGUUUCAAGCGAGAGUCGAGUUGUGAAAGGUAGACAAUGGCAAAGUUCUUAUGAGGUUCUCAUUAGAUUUUUGCUUGGUCAUUAAGUUGUUCUGCUAGUGUUCACAGUUUUAUUUUGCUCAAAGCAAAUUCAUCAAUCAACGAUUGUUGUGAUACUAUUAUAAGCGACUGUUUCAUUGAAAAUUCGGCUUAAUUCAUUGUGUAAAAAUGGAUCCGGGUAUUCUUUGUUUCCACCAUUGUGAUCACAAAGUAUUUUGCACUAUUAUACCUGAAAAAUGCCCUGUUUGUGAUCAAAAAUUGGAUAGAUAUGAUUACAACCUUCUGCCCUUCAGGGUUCCUUACCCGUUCGUUAAAGCAUCUCAGCAUCCUCGGGCUAUCGUCAUGAAGCCAACUCACGGCGAUUUUCUCAAUGACUACUACAAUUCCAAAGAUUUACACAUAGGAGUGACUAAUUCUCAAGGCUGUGUUGUGGAGUUUAGUGAGGAGGGGAUUUGUGGUGUAGACCCCAUGACUAAGAAAUGGAGUAGCUUCGACUCUAGCUCAGAUUGGGACCAGUGUCUGCUGUUAGAGCAGUUUGAUGAGUUGUGGAAUGAGAUUUGGGACAGUGUUCUUCUCAAGGUGAGCCAGAGUCCUCUGUGGGAGGCUGAAAGGUACAAUGAAGAAAGACACAAUUGCUUUACAUUUGUACUUGCAUUCCUGCGAGCCCUGGACUGCGGAGAGCUCUCUGAGAAGGCUAGAGAUCCCAAACUUUUCUGUAAGCAAUAUGUUGUUCCAAGAACUUCUGCUGCAGGGAAGUAUAUCUCUUUGUACAGACAGCUCAAAAGGCAAAACUAUUUCAUACAGAACCAAUGAUAGCCUAUAUAAAAUAACAACUUAUUCUAUGUAUUUAUUUACUACUUAUUCAGUAUUAACUGUGAUGUUUUAUAUUUAGGUGUAAGACUUUUAAAUUGAAGUGCAUUUAUUUUAGACCAAUGAUGAUUUAAUUUCUUAUUACAUUUUAAUAUGUUAUCUAUGAUGUAGGUGUAUUUAUUUAUUUCGUAAGUAUUUAUUGUUUCAAGGUGUAUUGAGGUGGUAAAUUUUAUUUUAUUUGAAAUGCAUCUGUACAAAUAUAAAGGCUGUCUAAAUGUAUUAUGCGAACAGGUACUCUGCUGAUAAUAAAUACACAAGUGACUUAAUCUGAUAAUAUGUACAUCAUGACAGAAACUGAGAUUGUGGUAAUGAUUAGUCUGUAUUAGGUAUGACUGUAUGUGUGUAUAUGAUGGUAACACUCACCAAAUUGCCUUUCUCACAGACACACAUUUUUAUAUGACCUUAUCUUGCCAGUUUAUAGUUAUAUUUAUAUCACAACAGGAUGUACACCACACAUUUUAUAUAAUGAUCAGUUGUAUUACCUAUCUAUAGAGUAAUGGGAUGUCACAUAUCCAUUUAAACACAUGAAUUGUCUGCAAUUUAAAUCUUCCAUCAUGUAGUUACUUAAAUAAAAUCUCUUCUUAUAAUAACUUAAUUUGAAUAAUGGAAUUACAUGUUUAGUGUAGUAGUCAAUUACUGUUUUCUAUACAUUUACAUAACACACAAUAUAUUAUAUUCAUAGGUAAUCAGAUAUCAUCUUCCAUAGUUGUUAGAAUAGAUACCAAUGUAGUUUAAUGUACUUGCAAGUCUCAGUUCUGCACUAUUUAUGUAUCACGUAUUUUUCGCGGCUAUUUUUUAUGUUACUUAUAUACAAAUUUGCAGUUUGAUCUCAUUUCAUGCUACUGCAUAGAUGGUUUAGUUAUAAAAAUAUUUGAAAAUUACUUAUGCUCAUGAAUGAAUUUAGAUACAUUGGAAUGGCUUUUAGUACUUCAUUACAAUUUAGUUUUUCUGGUAAAGACACAAUGUUGUUAAAUUCUGGAUGUGUUAUGAGAAAUUCCUUUGAAUUGUUAUUUCAAAGAAAUUUGUAAUGUAACUGUGACUUCAUGUGUUGUGGGAGUGAAUGUAACAAUAGUUGUUUAUCAAAUUGUGUAGCGGUUUGUAUCGGAAUUGCUUCAAUGUGAAUAGAAUUCGAGCUUUAUUCCAAUACCAAGCUUGGUCAAAGACUUAAAAUUGGAAUCCUUGGAAAUGAGUGAAGUUUGGAGAGGUGAAGGGGAUCGAGAGAUUCUAUACUCCAAUUCAUUCUUACAAUAUAUCCCUUGAUUUUCAUUUGUCUCAUUAUUGAAUGUAAACAAUGGAUUGGAGUAUCUUUCUUACAAGUCUGUGUAAUAGCACUAAAAUUAAAUAGAACUGUGAUAUCUCAUUAUAUUCCAAAAUGUCCGUCCCCUUCCACUCUUACAUGCAAAAAUAAAACCUACUCGAAUAUCUAUGCAUAUCUUGUAAGAACACAGACUAUGGCAAUUCAAAAUUUAAAUACAUAUAAGUCUUUGAAAGCUUUGUGCCUGUAUUUACAGUAUGAGCACGAUAGAUAUUUAUAAUAUUAAUAUUUAUUUAUAAAAAGCUGAUAGAGCUAAUAAUUGUUUAGAUAAAAUCUUCAUCAUUAUUUAUUUAUUUUAUUUUUAAAUUACUCUGUAUAUUUUCGGCCUAAGGCAGCUAUUUAUAAUAAUUUGUAUGAUAUUUCAAAUUAAAUUUCUAAACAAAAUUGAGACAUGUUUAAGUGUAAAUAGAAAAUUAGAUAUUAAAGAAAAUUUAUUUUAAAAAGUAUUGAAAAUGAAAUUUUCGUUUAGUAUUGCCAGUGAUUAUAAGAGAAUAUUGUAACUAAAAAAUAAGUAGUGCUCUACUGUAGAUACAAGUUACUAGUUCCUAUCCUACUCUACUCGUAUUUAUUGAGACAAGAAUUUUGUAAACGGAUCUCGAAGACAAAAAUUCUAGGUGCUAUGUUCGAAAUAAAGUAUUUGUUAAAAUUUA